CGGAACAAUACUAACUCACCUCACCUCAAACAACAACCACCUGCGACCGCGUGUCUGUCUUACCGAGAAAGCCCCCCUCAGCUGAGACAUCAACGACACUGCCCAGCAUGGAUUCCGACUCAGAGCACGACGAGACGCUCCAGGACUCGGAGCCCGAAGAAGUCGAGGUGAAGCCCAAGUCAGCGCUGAAGAAGUCCGCGCACCCGCCCAAGGAGGAGGAAAAGCGGCCAGAACUCCCCGAGCAGCCAGAGCCAAAGGACUUGGACCUCACGACGUUAACGCCCCUCUCGCCCGAGAUCAUUAGCCGUCAAGCGACGAUCAAUAUCGGAACAAUCGGUCACGUCGCUCACGGGAAGAGCACUGUGGUGAAGGCGAUAUCGGGCGUACAAACAGUCAGGUUCAAGAACGAACUGGAGAGGAAUAUUACCAUCAAGCUGGGCUAUGCCAACGCGAAGAUCUACAAGUGUGACAACGAGGAGUGCCCACGCCCCACCUGUUAUCGAAGUUACAAGAGCGAGAAGGAAGUGGACCCGCCGUGUGAGCGCGAUGGAUGCUCGGGGCGAUAUAGGUUGGAGCGACAUGUCUCCUUUGUGGAUUGCCCAGGUCACGAUAUUCUCAUGAGCACAAUGUUGUCUGGUGCAGCCGUCAUGGACGCAGCCCUCCUACUGAUUGCAGGAAACGAAACAUGCCCUCAGCCUCAAACCUCCGAGCAUUUGGCCGCCAUCGAAAUCAUGAAGCUCAACCACAUAAUCAUUCUCCAGAAUAAAGUUGAUCUGAUGAGAGAAGAGGGAGCCGAAGCACACUACCAAUCCAUUCUGAAAUUCAUUCGGGGCACAGUCGCGGAUGGAUCGCCCAUCAUUCCCAUCUCGGCCCAACUCAAGUUCAACAUCGAUGCGAUCAACGAAUAUCUCAUCACAAAGAUACCUGUGCCCAUUCGAGACUUCACCGCAAAGCCGCACAUGAUCGUCAUUCGGUCUUUUGACGUGAACAAGCCCGGAGCAGAGAUUGACGAACUGAAGGGUGGAGUUGCUGGAGGCAGUAUUCUGACUGGUGUGCUCAAGCUCGGCGACGAGAUUGAGAUCAGGCCUGGAAUUGUCUCGAAAGACAGCACAGGGAAGAUCCAGUGCAAGCCGAUCUUCUCAAGAGUUGUAACGCUGUUCGCAGAGCACAAUGAUCUCAAGUUCGCUGUUCCCGGAGGUCUGAUCGGUGUUGGUACUCGAGUCGACCCAACCCUCUGCCGAGCUGAUCGUCUUGUUGGCUUCGUGCUGGGUCUACGAGGACAUCUACCCGCCAUCUACACCGAGCUCGAGGUCAACUACUUCCUUCUUCGACGUCUGCUAGGUGUGAAGACAGCAGACGGCAAGCAGGCAAAGGUAGCCAAGCUAAGCAAGAACGAGGUGUUGAUGGUCAACAUUGGCAGUACGGCAACCGGAGCGAAGGUCAUUGCGGUCAAGGCGGAUGCUGCACGUCUGUCACUCACAUCUCCCGCAUGUACCGAGAUUGGGGAGAAGAUUGCUCUCUCGCGGCGGAUAGAGAAGCACUGGCGGUUGAUUGGAUGGGCGAACAUUGUUGCGGGAUCUACCCUCACGCCGACGAUUGAUUAGGCGCUUGUCCACCAGUUGGGGCGCCUCGAGCAGGGAAAAGGCCAAUGAAGUUCCUGCGGACCAGUGUCACAAGGCUAGUAGAACUGCAACGUUCAGCGCUUGGUUUUCUUCGCGCCUCUGCACCUUUGUAGCAUGCAUCCGUGAUCCUGGAUUCAGGAGCGGCAUCGUGAGGGGAUCUGUGAGGGAAUAGACGGCAGAGACUGCAGGCAUGCGGCCUCCUGGUUGGAAAAGUGCAUUGCGGACGGCCCUGUGAAUUUGGUGUCGGAAGCAUAUACUUAUCAGUUCAUGGAAUCUGAGCGUAAAGACAGC